AUGGGACGCACCACCAACCCCACGCCAGUCCCCAACCCCGUCCCCCCACGAGCCGCCGCCACAGCCCCCCAGCCGGCAUGGCACGCCACGGGGCCCCAUCAAGGGUCCCCCGCCGUAGCAGGCAACAUCCAGCCGAUACACCGCCGCCCAGCCAGCGAUCCGCUGCGGGGCACAGGGCGGAUGCCCAAGCAUUUCUUGGACUUCUUUUACAGUGGCGUCGGCUGCCUCAACUUGUCCCAGUUCCUGCCCCUGGGGGCUAAUUCCACAGCAUCAGUUUGUACUCAGAAUAUACAUAUUGAUUCAGUUUUAACCCUGGAAUACCAUGACGUCUUGAACUUUUUUCCAUAUGGAACGAAUCAUCGAGCAAAAGCUAUAAAAGACGACCUUAUUGUAUUUGAUGCUACCCUAACUGCUGUUGAGGAUGAUAAAGGUGGGGUCCACCAACUCACCACGCCAGUCCAGACUGAACAGGAUGUUGAAAGCUAUAACCCUAUUGUACUUACUCCAAGUAUUCUCACAUUCCCAUGGCAACCAAAGAUCGGCGCAUAUCAGCACACAGUUAAGGCAGCAGGUGGCAGUGGAAAUUUCACCUGGUCUUCCUCCAACAUUAGUGUGGCCACAGUGACUGUCAAAGGUGUUAUGACAACAGCCAGUAACAGUGGUUUCAGCAUAAUUUAUGCUCAUGAUGUGCAUAACCCACUCGACGUUGGCGAGAUGAAGGUAUAUGUUCUUGAACCUGUGGAAAUGGCCUUUGCUCCCUGCCAAGUGGAGGCACGCGUGGGCACAACUCUAAAGAUACCGCUCAGGAUGUUUGGAUUACUGGAAGAAAGGAUGGAGCGAGUUAUGAUGAUUGACUGUUCACACUUUGACCUACAGGUUGAUGAGAAACUUAAAGGCAAGUCUGAACAAACUGAGGGCGAUAGACUGGCUCCUGGCAUGGGCUAUUGCAGUGGAGUGCGAGCCAAAGCCUUGGCUCCAGGUUACACCAAACUCUCAGUCAGCUACAACCAAGGCAAUGUUAGCCUCAGUGCAAAUAUCACUCUUGCAGCUUAUCCUCCACUUAUUGCAAUUGACCCUGUGUCUGUGGCUGUAGUGACUCUGGGUUCAUCUAAAGACAUGCUGUUUGGUGGGGGGCCUCGACCUUGGGUUCGGGAGCCCUCUAAAUUCUUCUGUGACCUGAAAGCAGAAAAUGAAAAAAAUGUCAGCGUUUCUCUGACCAGCCCAUCAUCCCAUAAUUACAACCAACACUUUGCCAGAGUAACCUGCAGAGCAUUGGGAGAGCAGAUGCUGGAGGUGAUGGUGAGUAACAAGGAGUGUGCGACCAACCCUUAUCCCGCUGUGGAGCGUGUAUCUGUAAAGUUUGUUUGCGCUCCUCCGUCACAACUUACCCUGGUUCCAGUAAACGCCAUCCCACAGCUGAAAUUACCGUGCCCCUUGCUGCAGGCAAACAAAUCUGUGGUACCAGUUUCAAGUUACCGCAACUCCGUCUUGGACCUUGCAGCUUUUGAUCAACAAGGGCGGAGGUUUGACAACUUCAGCUCACUGAACGUAGUGUGGGAAUCAACCAAAGUGAACUUAGCUAGUUUCGAGCCAAAUCUACCUAUGAGCCUUCAACUUUAUGUGGAUGAAAACAAACAGAUGAAACUAAACGGACGGCAGACUGUUGUUGUACAUCGUCAUUCAGGGAUUGCUCUCGUCACAGCGACAGUACAGAAUUACCAGCGUUCACAUAUCGAAGCAGCUAAAGCUCAUGGCCAAGGUGAAGUGUUCACUCCCGUUUCAGCAACAGUGGAGCUCAGAUUAUUUGGACAUGUGAAUGUUUUUCCUGAAACAUUAACCAUAUACAACCACCCAGAUGUGAGGGUCAGCCUUGACGUGCGAGAAGGUUCAGGACACUUUUUUGUCAAUACCAGUAUCAAAGGCAUCGCAGACGUGUUAUUAGAGGACACACAAAAAGCAGCUCAGAUUGCCCCCAUUAAGGCAGGGGUGGUGCAAGUGAUGGUCUAUGAUCUCUGUUUGGCAUUGCCAUCGACAGCAAAAGCCACAGUGCAUGUUUCUGACAUCUUGAAGGUGAAUUUGACCGUGGUUGAAAAGCUAGAAGUUGGUAAUUCUAUAAAAUGUUAUAUCACAGUGUUUGAUGAUAACAAAAAGCCAUUCCCAGUCAGCUAUUUCCAGUUCAUGAAGUUGAACGUGACAGCAGCAUCUUCCAUAGUCUCCGUAAUCCCUCAAGCAGAUUCCACAGAAAAUGACAGUGCAGUAUACCUAGUAAAAGGUGUUUCUAUUGGCCAGACGACUUUGUCAGCUGCUGUGAAGAAUAGAAAUGAGAAAGUAAUUGUAUCUGCCCCUCGUCAAAUUGAGGUAUUUAAACUCUUCAGACUCAUCCCCAGGAAAAUGACUUUGCUGAUUGGAGCAAUGAUGCAGAUAACGUCUGAGUGUGGACAUCAGUGCAAUAUUCUCUUUUCUAUCUCCAGUGAAACCAUUGUUUCUGUAAACGACAUUGGUCACGUUACGGGUUUGACCAUUGGUAAUGUCACCGUGACAGGACUCAUCCAAGGUGUUAAUGCAGAAACUGGAAAGAUGGUUGUUGUGGGGAAGGGUCAAGUAGAAGUUGAGGUUGUGCGUUUAACUGCGAUUCGAAUUAGGGCACCCAUUACACAUAUAAAGAAAGGAGCGCAGAUGCCUGUGUAUGUGAUGGGCUUGACUAACAGUCAAACACCCUUCACAUUCGCGAAUGCCGUGCCACAACUUAGCUUCCAUUGGUCCACCACCAAAAGAGACAUCAUCGAUGUUCAGUCAAGACACUCAUUGGCUAAUAUGGCGCUCAUGUCAGAACACAAUUUUGGAAUGAGUGUGACUGGCCGGACAAGAGGGCAGACCUGGCUCAAAGUUGUCGUAAAUGUUGUCGACCCUGAUACUGGUAAACUUUCUGGUAAUCUUAUGGAGCUCAAAGACGAGAUCCAAAUCAAGGUCUAUGAUGACCAACACAUGCAUAAUCCCAACAUUGAGUCUGGAGAGAUACUCAUGGCUCCAAACUCAGUCCUAAAACUCCAAACAAGCAAGGAUGGAGUGGGUGUACUCUCAUAUCAGAUUCUGAAUGGCACUAAUCAGACUGCUGUCGCGCAAGUUGACGAUAAGGGCCUCCUCAUCUCCGGCCCACUCCCUGGCAUUUCAUCACUGCUAGUGACCUCACAAGAGUCCUUUGGUGUCAAUCAAACUCUUAUUAUUUCAGUAAAGGUGGUGCCUGUGUCUUAUGUGCGCUUUAGUACCAGUCCAGUGUUGCAUACAUUCUCCAAGGGAAGCCUGAAAGCUCUACCUUUAGGUCUAGUGCUCACCUUCACUGUUCAUUUUCACGCCAGCACUGGAGAGCCCCUGCACAGCUCCAACAGCCAUCUCAACUUCUCCACUAACAGGCAUGAUCUUGUGCAGGUCAGCUCUGGGCCUGAUAACUGUACUUUGACAGUAAGGCUGGUCAACGCAGGCCUCACGCUGCUGUCUGUAUAUGACAGUGAAAACACUGUUGUGGCGGACUACAUUCCGCUUCCUGUUGAGCAUGCCAUCCAGCCAGGAAAGUCCCAGACGCUGGUCGUCGGCGACGUUGUUUGCUUUACUGCUAAACUGGCCACUCAAGUUGGAGGCCAUGGUACUUGGAGCUCCUCAGCCAAUGCUGUACUCCAGGUAGACGCCAUAACUGGUGCAGCAGUAGCCAGAGACAAUGGGACUGCGACUGUAUACUACGAGAUACCUGGUGUUUUAAAAACAUACAGAGAGGUCAAAGUGGAAUCGGCUACAAAGACAGCUGCAAUCGCACAAGCCAAACCAGUCCGAAUUGGCAAGCAGACCAAAGUCCUACUCACAACCAAAGGAGAGGGAACAAAUCUCAUUGGAACCUGCUCCUCAAUCCAGACCAAAGCCAUUGCGCAUUUGCAACCAGAAACCUCUGUCACCUGCCAACUUGUUUUUACCAACGAUGCUGUUGAUUUCCCUGCGAGCAGCGUCUUCAAAACACGUACCAGCUUUGAUCCCAAAAUUGGCUUCUACACAUGUUCCAUGACCUUGCAACAUAUGGCUGACCAACUGACCAAACUUCUAAGCAUGUCCAUGCCCAACUUGCAAGUGAAGGCAGGCUUGGAGGGCAGUACCUUCUCUGGGGAGCAGGUCAUCGCCACACUGCCUAUUGAGCUCGGCCUCUUCUCCAACCUGACUGAGCUGAUGCUCUCCACCCUGCACCCAUCUGCAGAGCUUACAGUUUUUGGUCCAGCUGCUGCUCUAGCUGACAUGGAAGUGGUCUCCAGUUGUCCCGACAUUGGUAUUCAAAUAUUUGAGGCAGACAGUGGCUUUGCAUCUUGCUCGAAGUUAACAGUCAAGGCUCUAGACCUCCGAGAAACUGGUUCUGCUUCCAUUACCAUCAGCAGCGCCUCCUCGGGUCAGAGUUUCAUCAUCCCGAUCACCUUGAUACACGUGGCUGAGCCCGGUGCAAGCACACAAGCUGCUGCAACAGUUGUGAACACGGAAUGGGAGCUCCCGCUAGAUGAUUCUUACCAUCUGAGGCUGUUGACCCUAUUCGCCACAGUAGCAUGUGCAUCCAUCGUCUACUUGGUCCUCUACUUGGUGUUCCCUCACGAGCAGCAAUCGUACCCUCAAACUUUUGUCCCCAGGACACCUCCACCUGUUGAUGCCCCAGAUUCCAGGAUGAUUCGACACAGAAGCCGCAGGGUGCGUCUCUGGUCUGUAAACUACUCGUGCUGA